AUGCAGGUCACCCUUCAGACCGGUGAUAAGAGGAAGCGCGGCCGCCCGCGCAAGUAUCCCGUGGGCACUUCCCCCAAGCCCAGUGCAGAUGGUCCCAAGCGUGGCCGUGGACGUCCUCGCAAGAAUCCCGCCGAAGAAAAUACAGCCACCGCCACUAAGAAGGAUGCGCUAGCUUCUGAACCCCCCAAGAGAGGGCGCGGACGUCCUCCUAAGGAUGGCCAGACUCCGAAAUCAGUGAAGGCAAAGCCAACCCCAACCACAACCCCAACCACAACCCCGAACAAAAUUGAGCGUCGAGGAAGGCCCCGCAAGAGUCUGCCUGCCAAUGGUGCGGGUACCACUACUGAACCUACAUCGAAGCUCGAAGCUUCCGCGUCAACUGUGCCUGAGGAGGAUGGUGUUCGUUCUUACUGGUUGAUGAAGGCUGAGCCUGAAUCACGACUUGAAAAGGGUGUAGAUGUCAAAUUCUCCAUUGAUGACCUGGCUGCUGCGGAUAGCCCAGAGCCAUGGGACGGAGUUCGCAACGCUGUUGCCAGGAAUCUUAUGCGUGAAAUGAAGAAAGGAGACUAUGCUUUCUUCUAUCACUCCAACUGCAAAACCCCGGGCAUCGUGGGAGUUAUGGAAAUCGUGCAGGAGCACUCACCCGAUGGUUCGAUCUUUCCCAAUCGACUCAAUUUGGUUAUGCACCUUACUGAUAAUUUCGCAGAAUCCGCCUUUAACCCCAAGCACCCCUACUACGACCCCAAGGCCAGUCGCGACAUCCCAAAGUGGGUCGUCGUGCACGUUGAAUUUCGCUGCAAGCUGAAGAAACAGGUCACCCUCCAGGAUCUGAAGACCCACGCACAGUCUGGAAAGCCCCUGGAGAACCUGCAGACCAUCAAACAAUCACGUCUCAGCGUUUCCUCGGUGACCCCGGCACAAUGGCGAUACAUCCUGGAGCUGGCGGGCGAGGAUCCAGACCAGCUUCUGAAGACAGAAUUCGUCGAUGAUCAAAGUGAAUAA